AUGCCAUAUUAUAACUAUGCUGCAGAUAUUAUUUUUGGCCUCAUCGUCGUCCACUCUUACAACCACGCUUUUCCGAAUACAUAUACAUCUGAUGAAUGGUCCCUUAUUGGCUUUAACUUUCCCAAUUCUAAAUACUCGAUUUGCUUUAAAGAACUACCGUUUGAACGUGUGAUCUACUUUAUACAACAUUUUUUGAUAAUCUUGAUUCCUGCGUGCUUUCUAAACCAAAAUAGUGAAUUUUCAGUCGAGUCAAUAAAUGAUCUUUCCUGGAUGUUAUUUGCCCUGAGUGCACAAAUUCUCUAUCACUUUUUGAUUCUACAACCUAUUGCUUUGUUGACAGAAGUAAACCUGAACAAUAUACUUUGUCCAGCUGUCAGUGAUCCAUUCCCAGGUCCAAAUUAUCCUAUGCCACCUUUGACUGUUGAUCAGUACAAGUUAUCUUCUCUUCCAACGGAUGGUAUUACUGCUGUUCGUUUUCAACCCGGUAAAGCAACCCCACAAUUCCUAGUUGCGUCUAGCUGGGAUUGCACCGUCCGAGUAUAUGAUGUGGCGUCAGGCAGUCAGCGUUAUAUUUAUCAACACAGUACGCCUGUUUUGGAUACAACUUUUUCCGAUUCUGUGCAUGUCCUCAGCGGUUCACUGCAAGGUGAAUUAAAGCUGUUUGACUGCAACACUAAUCAAAGUCACACUUUAGGUUCAUGUUUGAGAGCAAUUAGUACAAUGCACUACAAUACAUGUAUACAAGCGGUUAUUACUGGCAGUUGGGAUUGUUCCGUGCGUAUUUGGGAUCCACGGGCGUCAGCAUUUUAUGCACAUGAUUCAAAAGGUGGAGCACAAAGUUAUCAUCGUCAACCUAGCACAGUGUAUACAAUGGACAGUAUACGAAAUCAGCUAGUUGUUGGCACAGCUAAUCGACAUGUUCUGAUAUGGGAUCUGCGUCAAAUGCAUGCACCUGUAGAACAACGUGAAUCAAGUCUUAGAUAUCAAACUCGAUGCAUUCAAUGUUUCCCGAAUGGUCAAGGAUAUAUAUUAGGUUCAAUUGAAGGUCGAAUAGCAGUGGAAAUGUUUGAUCCUAGUCCUGAAGUUCAAAAGAAAAAAUAUGCCUUUAAGUGUCAUCGAGUUAAAGAUGGAGAUAAGGAGACAAUUUACCCAGUAAAUGCAGUCUCUUUCCAUCAAGGAUAUAAUACAUUUGCUACAGGCGGUUGUGAUGGUAUGGUGAAUAUAUGGGACGGUUUCAAUCGUAAACGUCUUGCACAAAUGUCUAAAUAUCCAACUAGUAUAUCAAGUUUAGCAUUCUCUGAAGAUGGUAAUCUACUGGCUAUUGCAUCUUCCUAUAUGUACGAACGAGGCCCAAUUGAGAAUGAACCAGAACCGACUAUCUACAUAAGAACUGUGGCCGAGAAUGAAGUGAAACCCAAACAUAUCACCAGUAGUAACAAUACUGGUGGCAGUGCUACAGGUGUACACAGCUGA